AUGGCCCUCAAGUCUCUCCUCCUCGGCCUCGCCGCCGUCCAGGCCGUCACCGCCCACUUCUCCGUCGUAUACCCCGAAUGGCGCGCCGACACCCUCUCUGAGGAAAACGAAGACAAGUACAGCCAAUGGGACUAUCCCUGCGGCGGCGUCCCCUACAAGGCCGGCAACAUCACCAACUGGCCCCUCUCCGGCGGCGCCCUCCAGCUCGACCUCCACCACCCCUGGACCUACCUCUUCGUCAACCUCGGCCUCGGCGCCAACACGACAAACUUCAACAUCUCCCUCACCCCGGCCCUGACCAACGUCACCGGCAAGGGCACCCUCUGCAUCGACAAGCUGCCCGUCGACGACGACGCCGCCAUCAAGGAGGGCACCCUCGCCUCCAUCCAGGUCGUCACCAGCGGCGAGUCCGGCAGCGCGCUGUACAACUGCGCCGACAUCCGCUUCACCAAGAACGCCACGGGGCCCAGCAACUGCUCUACCUCGGACGGACUGGUGUUGCAUACCAUCGGGGACGAGACGACUGAUAACAACAGCACGGACUCCGGCGGCUCUUCUUCGCAGGAUGGUGCUACCGAGGGAGGCAAAAACAGCUCGAGCUCGGCGGGUGAGAAGAGUGCUGCGGGCUUGAUGGGCUCUGAUAAGCCUGUCUUGGCUACGGUUGUUGGUCUGGCGAUUGCCUUUUCUCUGGGCCUGGGUCUCUAG